AUGAAGUUCGCUUUAUAUGUAUGUGUCUUGUGGUGCCUGCUUGCCUGUGCUUGGAGUGCACCACAGUGGUCAGGCAUUGGCUCCACUGGCUACGGCUUUGCGCCGUUUGCAGGGUAUGGAAAUUAUGCCUCAUCAAGCGCCAGUGCCGCAGCCAGCAGCAGUUACCAGGGCUAUGGAGGGCUGGGCUACGGAUGGCCAGGCAACGGCUACGGCUAUGGCUACGGCAAUUACAACGGAGGCUAUCAGCAGCAGUUCAAUCAGUAUCAAUACAAUGGCUACAACAACUACAACAACUAUGCUACUGGAAAUAGAUUUGGCUAUCCAUAUGGCUUUGGCAAAUAA